AGUGAAACCGGGUAUAAAUACGAUGCAAAUUAUCAUCGGCUGCAUUACCUGACACCCUGUCGUUCGGAGCAAUUGUUGCCGACAAUGAAAUAUCACAUUUUCCUUGGAUUCCUGGCCGUGGCGGCCGCCUACCCUGGCAUCAUCCACGACGAAGCGCCACAGCUCGAAGAGAAAUAUGACCAACACUUGAUCGGCGAAUCAGGACACCACCACGCCAUCCAACAUGAACACGCGAAGUCCCACCAAUCAAUCAAAUUCGAGCAUUUCCACCCAGUUCCAGUUUACGUCAAGAAAGAACACCAUCAUUUAUUAGACCAUCCUCUCGAGAAGGGCAAAUCUGAACACGAUUUGAAGCUGAUUCACCCUGAGCACGAGCACAAACAUGGCGGUGGUUUGGUACUUGAAGACCACAGAUUAAAUACUGACCAUCUUAUCGGCCAUCUUGAACAUCAUGCAGGUUUGGAACAUGGUUUUGAGCAUGGAGGAUUGGAGCAUUUAGGUGGUUUCGAGGGUUACGAAGGAGGUGAGGGAUUGAAGGCGUACGCUGAGAGUCAGCCGUCUCUCGGUUAUGCUGAGUACGGACACGGGCAAGCUCUGUCCGGAGGUUACAGCGCUGAAGGCUACGGCCAUUACUAACUUGACAGGCAUAAAAUAUGCUCCAACGUCUAAUUUAGGAUUUUUUUCUUGCCUGCUGUAAUCUGUGAUGAUUCAUACAGCGAAACAUCGAAAUCAUAAAAUUAAACCAGCGAUAUUUCCCUGUAUGUACCUAUCACACGUUUAGCGUUUACAUUUAAGUCGUAUUGGCUUAAUUUUGAUACACACUGUACCUGAUUUAGGCUGCUUAUGGGCUAAUUGCGGCGAUUUACGUACCGCCUUACACAGUGACGUCAUUCAUUUUGUAGUCUUUAUAUCUAUGGGUCAAAAGGUUCAUAUUAGAAAUUGAUUGACGUAUCUGAGUGCGGCAGUAUGUCACCACGUCGCGAAGCGUUAUAAUGUGGCUGAUAUAGGCUUAGAAAAUACCAAUCCGUGAGUUCUACGCACGAUAUUAUGUAUUGGAUUGUAGUAAUACGAUUAGGUGGGAAUUAUGAAAUUGUUACAGUGUGUGAAAGUCGGCGCGUGUUCGACUUCAAGUCUGUGUGUUAAUCUCCUUAGUCGCCCAAUGCUAUGUUAAGUAAUUGUUGUAAAAUGAUCGCCAAGUUCCAGUGAAAUUGUGAUAUUAAAUCGUUUGUUUUUUUAACUUAA